AUGUCUUCUUCGGCACUCUUCAAGCGCAUACUAGCUCUUCCACCAUCUCUUCGUGCCCGAUCCUUCUCAGUGCUGAACCGCCCAACACCGAACUACCCAGGCCAUGUCCCUCUCACAUGGCUCGAACGCGGUGCUCUGGCUAUAGGCUCCGCCUUUGGCUCUCUACGCAACCCAUACCGCCACGACCUCAUCGCCUCACUAGGCGAAGCAACUGCAAAGCCCUACUUCAUUUCCCGACUCCGGCAUGCAAUGCUCUCGAACCCUACCGGCAGGCGCAUCCUACGCGACAAGCCACGCAUCACAAGCCAAACACUAAGCAUGGAAAUGCUUAGAAAGCUGCCAGAAAACACUGUAGGAAGGGCAUAUGUGAAUUGGUUGGACAAAGAGGGCGUGACACCAGAUACACGCGAUCAAGUUCGCUACAUCGAUGAUCCAGAGGAAGCAUAUGUCAUGCAAAGAUAUCGCGAGACUCAUGAUUUCACGCACGCUAUCACUGGACUGCCGGUUAUUAUUGAAGGUGAGCUCGCUGUCAAGGCAUUCGAGUUCACGAAUACUCUGCUCCCGAUGACGGGCCUUUCACUCUUUGCUAUUGUGAGGCUGAAGCCUGUGGAGCGGAAGAGGUUCUUUGAGACGUAUUUACCUUGGGCAUUGAGGAAUGGCUUGAAGGCGGAAGAGGUUGUGAAUGUGUAUUGGGAAGAAGAGCUGCAGACUGAUGUUGAUGAGCUGAGAACAAGACUGGGCAUUGAGAUGCCACCUGACUUGAGGGAGAUUCGCAAGGCUCUCAGAGAUCAAAUGAGGGCCGAGAAGGCGGCGAAAGAGACGAAAGAUAAGAUGGGAGCUGCAAGAGAUGUGUGAAGAAGGUGCCAUGCAAUCCCUCCAGAAUUGAACAACCUCUUGAGCGUGGCUAUUUCUGUCCAGUCUGGACCAGGUAGAGCUCACCCUGUGCCGGGUGGCAUUGCGCACAUCAAAAUGCCGUGCAUUAUGGUAUGGGAAAACGUCAUGUGGUCAUA